GUGCGGGUGUGACCUCUAGCUGCAUCGAUCUCCUUUCACAUGCCUCCCGCCCAUCCGUUUUUUUUUCUUGUUCCCACCAAGCCCGCAGGCGUGGCCUGACAAAGGAGCGGGAGCAGCGCCUAGGAAAUCCAUUAGCUCAGUAGCAUGUUCUAAGUCAGCUGGCUCCCAUCCCUCGACACCGACACCUCGACACUCGCGCAUAUUCGCCCAAGGCUUCACGCCACGCCCGUCGCCGGCGUCCAACAAAGCACCCCCUCCAAGCAUAGCACUUUAGUACCAAAGCUAGAGACGGUCUCUAGCCCCUCGAUACCUGCUGCCGGCAAGCUCCCUACCUAAGGCAGCACAGCAUAUAUUGCGCCUCGACGCCUGUUCGGUUCUCCUCCCCCAACCUUUGCACAUCUCAAGCCACCCGCACACAACCGGCCCGACAGUUUGGAAGCCCCUGGCUUGCGCAAAGUCAAACUUCCAACGCUCCCUCUCCCGACAGCCCCAGCCGGCUCGAUCUAGACCAUCCAGAGUCGCUCGAACGCACAUCGCCUCCCUAGGACAAACAUCUAAGAAGCCGCCGCUAUGGAGAAAUUCUCCCAGUUCCGGGACCGAGGCUCCGGUAUCUCCCCGUUCUUGCCCAUAUCGACGCCAUCGGGCAGCUACCUGUGGCUGGCAGCCCAUGCCACGCUCUUCUUUGUGCGCUUGCCCAUCUUCCUGAGCUAUGUCAUAUUUUACCUCGUUGUCCUGCACAAUCUGCCCUUCCCCACGGGCAUGCGCAAGCUUUUGCUCUGGGGAACGAUGGCAAUACCAGGCAUAUGGUGGGUAGACUUGCAGCUCGACGGCGUCAAGCGCGGCCACGUCGCUCAGCAGUCCAGCCGCCUCCCGCGCGGGCCGUCGGUCAUUGCCGCCAACUUCACCUCGCCGAUUGACCCGCUCUACCUUGCCGCCGUUUUCGAUCCCAUCUUCACCAUCUCAUACCCAAACACCCGCAAAGUGCGCCACGUCUCGCUACUCCGCAUAGUCCUGUACGCCCUCAGCCCCGCGCAGGUGCGCGAGGAGAAUCAAGCCGGUCUCGUUGACCUCGCCGCCCUUAUGCGCCGCUACCCAGACCGGACCGUCAUCGUCUUCCCCGAGUGCGGCACCACCAAUGGCAGGGGCAUCCUCCCCCUGGCGCCCAGCCUCGCCGCCGUCCCCGCCGACACGGGCAUCUACCCGGUCAGCAUCCGCUACACGGCCCCGGACAUUACGACACCCGUCCCAGGCAUGUGGCUGUCCUUCUUCUGGGGACUCCUGAGCAGGCCUACGCACUGCAUCCGCGUUAGAAUCGCCGAGGUCCUGUACAAUGACGCCGCGGCGACGAUCAGUGGGAACAGGGGCAACGCCGGCGAGUCCUCGUCGGCGCACGGCGCCGUUUUGGACGGCGUAGACCUCACGGCCGAGGAGCAGCGCAAUCUCGAUAGGGUCGCAGAGGCGCUCGCGCGUCUGGGCCGCAACAAGCGCGUCGGCCUGACCCUGAAGGACAAGGCCGCGUUCGUGGCGCUGUGGCAAAAGUCCCGGCGCUGGUUUUGACGGUUGUGCCUCCCAGGGUGGGCGUCUCCUGUACUGGGCGGCCUGAUGCUUCUUAUGUUCUGUUGUUGGCAUUUUGCUUUGCGUUAGGUUAGCCAUCCUUUCUUUUCGGCUAGGAAAAGUGCACUGCGUGGAAUCCCCGUCGGAAUGACGUCUCCAGAAACAAGAUCAUUGUUUCUCUGUAGAAUCUGGCUGGCAUUCACUCAAUCAUACGAUGGGUGGGGGUUGGUGGGAGGUUCUGCAUUUGUUCAACAAAAAUAGGGGGGUACCUGGUCUACUAGGGUGGCACGGCGCGGUCAAGUCGAGUGCGAGUAGUUUUGUUUUUGUCGUAGCUGAAAACAAUAACAAAAUCAAAAAAAAAAAAAAAGAAAUGCUUCGCUCCAAAAUUUCCCCCGAUCCGCCAGAGACCAAAAACUGAGAGAACGAAACCCAAAGAUGGUAUAAGCCCAUUAACCUAG